AUGCCUCAGUCCAAGUCUGACGCCGCCUCCAGCAAGGCAGACCAGGAAUACCUCCAGCGUCUCGCCCAGGAAUUUUCUUCCCUUCCAGACCACCGCGAAACACCAACACCGUCUUCUUCCUACCAAAGCUCUGGUACGCCCACCGAUGGCACUCAGAGGAACGUCGCCAUUGUGAAGACUAUCCGCACGGCCAUGUCUGGUCUCUAA